AUGGGAAUUGAUGUUGAACAUCCGGUCCCUCAUGUUCAUACACAAAAUGGCAUGGCUGAAUCUUUGAUUAAACGGUUACAACUCAUUGCUAGACCGUUGAUAUUGAGAACAAAACUCCCAAUUUCUAUAUGGGGUCAUGCUAUAUUGCAUGCUGCAGCGUUGGUCCAAAUACGACCAAGUGCAUACAAUACAUAUUCCCCUUUACAAUUAACGUCUGGUCAAGAACCAAACAUUUCUCAUCUCCGUGUUUUUGGAUGUGCGGUUUAUGUUCCUAUAGCCCCACCGCAAAGAACAAAAAUGGGGCCACAAAGGAGAUUGGGAAUAUACGUCGGUUAUGCAUCACCGAGUAUCAUAAAUUAUCUUGAACCACAAACUGGUGAUAUGUUUACAGCACGUUUUGCUGAUUGCCAUUUUAAUGAAGAUGAAUUUCCAGCGUUAGGGGGAGGAAUUAAACAGGUUUUCGUGAGAAAGAGAAAUGAGAAAGAUGAGAUAACACGAUAUAAAGUCCGACUUGUUGCACAAGGUUUUUCUCAAAAGCCGGGAGUUGAUUAUGAGGAAACAUAUUAUCCGUUCAUGGAUGCAAUUACAUUCAGGUCUCUGAAUGUUGAUACAGAUCCAUUCAGACCUUGUGAAGAGAAUGAAGAAAUACUUGGUCCCGAAGUACCUUAUAUGAGUGCUAUCGGUGGACUUAUGUAUCUUGCAAAUUGUACCCGACCAGACAUUGCAUUUGCAACUAAUUUACUUGCAAGAUACAACUCAGCUCCUACCCGCAUGCACUGGAAUGGAAUUAAGCACAUAUUCCGCUAUCUUCAAGAUUCUUCAGUUGAUGGUUCCUAUAACGAUGCAUUGCCCUGUGAAUGGUACGAAACGAAACUCCCGGUUCUGAAAAGACUAAACCGUGCAUUGAGAGGCGUUGAUUUAGUCGAUGGGAAGCUCGAGGACAUCAAUGGUGUCAUCAUCUAUGAUGAUUGUAUCAGAAACAAAAUGCACGCUUUCAAGUCUCUGGCUAGGAUCUUCAUUGGCUCUCCUUCAAUUCAGCUGAAGCUUAGAGAACAGGGACGGUUCAAGUUCCCAUUUUUUGGUACUGAAAGUGAAAGAGAGCCAUUGGUUGUGAAUUCAUUGACUAAAGUUAGCAACUUUCUUAACAUCUCGGCGCAACAACGGAAGCUAGUGAGAUGCACCGUGUGCUCACAGGUUACACAGUAUCGUAUUUGGAGAGGUGCUCUUGAAGACAUACUGAAUAGUCUCAAAGAAGAAGUUGAUUGGUUAGUUGAACAUAGGGAGAUGAGUCAAGGUAGGAAAUUGGGUCAGCAAGUGAUAUUGUCAUGCCUCAGAUACUUAUCUGAAUCAUCGGUUUCAUUUGAAGCAGAAAAAUCAACUUCAUGGAUGCGACCUGUGCCAGGUAGAUACGCAAAGGCAAAUGCUUCUGCGAAAUGGGAAGAUGUUCUUGACAUGGUGAAUGAUCUGAGAAGGUAUCUUGAACAUGAUGAAGAAAUUACAGUACUUUACCAUUUGGAGAAGCUCGUAUCGAUGAAAGAAGGUCUUUUACAGAUCAAAGAUGUGUUUUUGGACAACACUAUUGGAUUCAGAGAGGUUAGACAUCAAGAGCACCUUGUGCACAGAAAGCUCUCAAAAAUGUUGGGCAAUCCGUCGCCGUGUUUGUUUGCUCUCGUCAUGUAUUUCCUCUACGGACGUGUGCGUGACAUCGAAGUUGAUCUCUGUGGAGGGUUUUACAAGGAGAAGAGUGAGUUCUUGUGCUUAAGCAUGGGGAGGAUCUUGACUUCAACGGAUGAGAAAAUGUUGGAGAGAGGGAUGAAGCAGUUGGAUAGGGCACUAGGGCUGUUUGGGUUUGUGUGGGAAACAGCAGGAAUGAAAGAGACUCUUAACCUGCAAGGCCAUUUGUGGUGCCUUGGAGCUGAAGAAAGGUCCAUCACAUAUCGUGGGAAAACGUUCUUCGUGCAUGACCUUAGUCUAUGAAUUUUUUGUGAGGAACAAAACAACAACCUGUACAUUUGUUCCUUGUAAACUUUGCUUGUUGUUGUGUAAUCUAAGUUUAGAUCCA